UUUUUAAUCGUAUUCAGCACGGUCACACUGGACCUAAAAAAAAUAAACGUUGGCGGAGGAAUAAACAAUCCUUUAUUUUGGCCAGGACCAGGAUGCACCAGGCCUACAGCGUGCACUCAAUCCUCAAGCAGGGCGUGCAGAUAGAGUCCAUUGCGGCGUAUGGCAGCCAUGUCAUUCUGGGCACCCGCAGCGGGCAGCUCAUCAUGUACUCCGUGGACAAGGAGACCGGCGUGGACAUGCGGAUGUUCAACAAGAAUUUCAGCCGGAAACCGAUCACCCAGAUGGAGGUGAUUGCCGCGGAGAACCUGCUCUUCGUGCUCACUGACUACCAAAUGCAGGUGUGCGACAUUAGCCGGAUCGAGAGCAACUUCGCCUUUAUGCACAGUGCUCCGGAUACGAAGGGUUGUACGUUGUUCACCAUGGACGUGGAUUCGCGAAAGUCCACCACCGGCGAUGUGAGCACCUUCAUUCGGGUGUGUUGCGCCAUUAAACGUCGCCUGGUGUUCUUCUUCUGGAAAAAGUCCAUGUUGGAUUCCCUUAAGCUAAGCAUCGAGCUAAGCGACGUGCCUCGCACAUUGUGCUGGGUGGGCCAUGCCGUCUGCGUGGGCUACAAGGACGAAUAUGUGAUCUACGAUAUAUCCAGCACAACACCCAAGAAGCACGAUCUGUUCCUCACCUCCUCCAGUAUCAGCAGGGAUCCCUGCAUCUGCCUCAUUCGGAACAACAUGCUGGGCAUCUCCAAGGACAGCUACCUUGUCGUGGUUGAUCCCAGUCGAUAUAAGGACACCGAUGGAAACAACAGUUCUACUGACGUGCGACCGGGUGGCAUGGAGAGCAAUAGUUCCCUCACUCCGCUGCUAUGGUCGAGUCCCUUGCUAGAUUUGGUCUGGGAUGAGCCAUAUGCCGUUGGUCGGGUCAACAAUGCUAUCGAGGUGCGCAGCCUGGUGGGCAAGGACACUCUGGUACAGAGCAUUCCCGAACUGCAAAAGACAAAGUUCCUGGUCCAUGCCGACAAGGGGACCAUCUUCGCUGCCGCCACCUCAGAGCUUUGGUGCAUCCGCCUAGUGGAAAUUCCUAUCCAGCGUCAGCAGUUGCUUCAGCAAAAGAAAUUUCAACUGGCCAUUGAGCUGACGCAAAUAUCCGAUGAACCGGCCAAGGACAAAGCCCAAACCAUUCGCCAGAUACACAUGCUCUACGCCAAGGAGCUAUUUACCAACAAGGAGUUCUCGGCGGCCAUGAAGGAGUUCGAGAAAGCAGCCAUAGACCCCUACGAUGUAAUAAGACUGUUUCCGAACUUAGUGCCUGAGGCGAAGUCUGGCAGCGAGGAUGCCGCCGUGCCCACUUCCAGUGCUCAGGCGCUGGAGGAUAGCGACCUGGAGAACGCCUACUUGGCACUGAUCGAGUAUCUGGCCCUGGCCCGCCAGCGGGAGGUGGUCAAGCUGCGCGACACCAAGAGUAGUUCAAAAUCCCUGCUGGAGAUUAUAGAUACCACGUUGCUUAAGUGCUACCUGCAGACGAACGACUCGCUGGUGGCGCCGCUCCUCCGACUCAACCAGUGCCACCUGGAUGAGUCUGAGAAGACGCUGAAGAAGCACAACAAGAUUUCGGAGCUGAUCAUCCUCUACCAGAUGAAGGGCAAACACAAGGAUGCCCUUAAAUUGCUCCGAGAGCAGGCGAGCAUCGAGGGAUCGGUGCUGCAGGGUCGAAAGCGAACGAUACGCUAUUUGCAGGAACUGGGAACUGAUCAUCUUCCGCUGAUCUUCGAGUUCGCUGAUUGGGUGCUGAACGAAAAUCCUGAGGAGGGGUUGUCCAUUUUCACUGACGAACUCAUCGAGGUGGAAUCCCUGCCGAGAGCCAAAGUCCUGGACUUUCUGAUAAGCAAGCACAAGGCACUGGUCACUCCCUAUUUAGAGCACCUAAUUACAGUGUGGAAGGACAGUAACACCCUGCUUCACAAUGUGCUUAUCAAGCAGUAUCGCGAGCAGUAUCAGCGACUUCUUGCGCAGCAGGAUAAAGGAGAGGAAGUUCCCGAACUAAGUCCACUCCGCGCCAAGCUCUACAAGAUGCUGGAUGAGUCUAAUGACUAUUCACCGGAUCGCGUACUAGAGGAAUUCCCCACCAACAUGCUGCUGGAGGAGCGCGCCCUCAUCCUGGGUCGGCUCAAGAAGCACGAUAAGGUGCUGUCCAUAUACAUCCAUGUGCUGGGCGAUGUUGCCAAGGCAACGGCCUAUGCGGAAGCUAACUUCAAAGAAGAUGAGAACAUAUUCCACACUCUCAUCAAGUGUAUACUGAUACCACCCACAGAACCGCCCUAUGAGGGCGUAGCCUUGCAUCCAGAUUUCGUUCAAGUCAACCGAGAGGUGGCCUUGGAACUGCUUAAUGCCCACGCCACGAAAAUCGAUCCAUUCGAGAUCUUCGAGCAUCUUCCCGAUGACAUGCCCAUGCCCCAGUUGGAGAAAUACUUGGAAAAGUCGAUACGCAAGAAGCUGGCCGACAAGCACCAGAUGCAGAUGAUGUGUGGCCUGCUGGAGUCGGAGGCCACGCGCCUGGAGUCAGCGGUGGAAGCGCAGCGGGGCAUCAGUUUCGAGCUAAACGAGUUCAGCGUGUGUCCCGAGUGCAGGAAGCGCUUACCCAGCCAGUCUGCCUUCGUGCGCUACCCAAACGGGCAGAUCGUGCACCUAUCUUGUCACGAUCGCAUAGCCAGGGCGGCAGCUCAGCAAUAAAAAUAUUACUCUUUUGUGAUAACUGAUCAAAGUAUAAAGUGUGAAUAAGAUUUAAUUAUGUUUAUCUUUCUUUAAUUGAUGUUAUAGAACAACAAUUGACUUCCAAACAUGUACUUUUCCUUUCUUAUGUUUUUUAUAUUGGCUUUUAUAAAUUAAAAGUGACAAAAAAGGCCGCAGAGGU